CGGCUAUAGAGGUGGACCAAAGUCAACUCGUUCUCUCGCUGGAGGAAAAGACUGAAUUCGAGACCAGGAAGUGUUGACGAGUUUACAUCUGACGGUCAUUCGAAGAAACAGUUAGAAACAUUUGAACUUCAAAGUAUAAAAGUGCAAUUGUUCUUUUUACGUGGAAUAAGUUAAAUCAACAAACAGUGAAACCAUGGGGUUGGCUGAUCAAAACAGGACAGAGCCAAGAGAAGGAGAGUCUUCUAAGGAUGUGGAUAAAGUUAAAACUUUGCAGUCUCAAGUGGAUGGGGUCAAGGAUAUUAUGACCCAGAAUGUAGAUCGGAUCUUGGCCCGUGGUGAAAGACUGGAUGAUCUGAUGGGCAAAUCUGAAGACCUGCAAGCUGGGGCCCAGAACUUCAAGCACACCUCUCAGAAGGUUGCUCGCGCUUACUGGUGGAAGAACGUGAAGCUGAUUGUGCUUAUUGUUGUGAUAGUCCUUAUCAUUGUACUGAUUGUAAUAUUCCUUGCUACUGGUGUGAUCCCGACCGGUUCCCCCGCACCCAAACCUCCUACUCCAUAGGAUUUCUAUUAGUUACAAGCACUCUCACAUACACAUACAGAUAUAUGCGACCAUGUCCACACACCAGUACAGGUCAUAACUUCAGGAACACACACACAUACCUUUCAUUUGCACAUUUAGCUCAUAUACCUUCAUAACUCAUGGUCUCACACCACCUUCAAAUGAGUAGCUUCCAUAAUGACAGCUCUGAAACCUUGAAGUGGAGGAUUUUAAAUAGACUAUAGAUGCAAUGCUGUCUGUUUUCAUUACUUCUCCCCUCCUGAAAGAUCAUCCUAGUGGCCACUUCAGCUGUCUUUAUGGUUCUCUAAAGCCUGAUAAAAUGCCAUAGUUGUAUACAAACACUUGCACUAUUAUUCAUAAUGAAGGCACCCUUUUAAUAGUCAUAUACUGGCAUUGAUUCGGCAAAGGUAAUGGGUGAAAGUUCUAUCUUUUGAAUUAUGAAGUAUAUUUAAGACUGUUAGAUUCGAUUACAUAAGAUGUUCUUCAAGUGUCUCUAUUUUGUAUUUGAUGGGUCACUGUCUUUGUGCUUUUGCCCACAAUUAUGUUAUUUGUAAAAGGUCAAAAAAAAAAAAAUGUGUUCUUAUAACUGUUGCAUUACCCAAAACACCAUUUCAUUAUGGAAAUGUUAAAAUUGUAAGAAGUUUAGGGUAAUUUUACUGUAUUAAAUAUUUACUGAAAAUUGGCAAUGCCCCCAACUUCAAAACAGAGAAACUGAUUUUAACAUUUAACAUUAACAUGAAUUAACAUUAGUUAACAAUUAACAAGGUCAUCUAGAUAGGAAUGAUGGAUAUUUUCUGUAUCCCCAAAUGACUGCAUUGAAUUUGACAUGCAGUGUUACACUUGCACUGUGCCACAUGGAGUCAGUACUGUAAUCAGAAUAUGAGUGUACUGGAUCAAAAGUUUGGCCUUGCACUGCAGGAUCUUAAUGAAACCCAAGACAUGUAACUUUUUCCUAUUUUGAGAAAGGAGGAAUGUUUUAAAGCCUGUACUGUAAUUUUCAGUUUGCAGUUUUUGUUUAAAAAUGCUAAAACUUUUUACAUAUCUCAAUUCAGCCAAUGAAAAUCGCUUCUCUGAAUGUUCUUGUUUUCUGUGUAGCUUUAUGCACUUUGCUUCGGAGAGGUCAAGGCACUGGAUGUCUAAGUGUAGUCAGAAUUACUUGACUGUGUUGAAUGUUUGUAAACAUUAUUAUGCUGUAUCUCCUGUUGCUUCCAUUAACAUCUUACUGUCUAUAAAACUAGGAUGGUUUUUAAGCAUUUUUAUAUGUUAUUCUCCCUCAUUAUUAUAAACAAACCUUUUUGAUCAAGACAUUGAAUAAUUUUUUUAAUCAUCUACUACAAGUAAUAAUUUAAAAACCCUGUAAGUGCAUUGGAUUUGAAUCUUAUUAGCAUAAAUAUCUGGGAAAUGUGAUAUUUUGUAAAUAAAAUGUUGAUCUCUCAGCAAAA